UUGAAGGCGCGUUUAAGGAUGACGUCAGAGUGAAGUCCGCAAGGAGACCGUUCAGGUGAAAGGAGGUUGAGGUGGAAAACACGAGAUGCUCGAGAAGGAGAGUCCGAGGAUUCCGUCAUUUCAUCAUGUCGAAUGGUCGUUAAAUUAAAAGGCAGAGAAUAUAACAAAAGAUUAAUCUCGCCGCCACUGAUUACGACACACCGUCGUCGGCAGCUUCGACCAAAACGGCUGUGCUGAGCGAGGCGCGAAUAUGAUGCACGCGCUGUUAUCCAGCCAUCGCUCUGUGUCGAGCUUGCGAUGUUUUUGUCACACAGGCUGAGGGGAAAUCAGGCGCAACAGUUACCCAUUGUUCUUGGACUAAAAUUCAAGAGAAUCGCUACUGGGAUAAGGUGAUGUGAUAACCUCUGUAAGACACGAAAAGGAAUGGACGCAUCUUUUGGGGAUGCUCUUGUGUAGUGAACGACGCCACCAUAGAAACGUGGUGGCACUCGCCGCUGAUGGGGUGAAAUAGGUUACGGAGAGGUCCUGACGGUGGACCGCAGUGCUAUUUUUCAUCCUGGACUGUGUGUGCCGUGAUAAUACGUUACAUGUUAGAGAAAAAUGCAAGGGGUGACGGUGACGGGAGAAGCGCCCACAUUGAAUGGGGGCGGAAGGGAGGAGCAGCGUCCCCUCAAGCAGUCCCUGAGUGGCUCACUGUGCCGAGAGUCCCACUGGAAGUGCCUGCUGCUCACCUUGCUGAUGUACGGCUGUUUUGGCACGCUAGGCUGGUGCUCCCUAUACCGCAUCACCGUAAUUACUUUUGACGACCAAGCCUACUUCUACAAAGGCAAUGCCCGACUCUACCACGACAGCCCGUGUUCCAACGGCUAUGUCUAUAUACCCGUAGCCUUCCUGGCUAUGCUGUACGUCGUAUACUUGGUGGAGUGCUGGCACUGCUACUCGAAAACAGCUAACCUUGCCAAGGUGGAAAUCACAGAGGUGUAUGACAGGAUACAGCGAUUGCAGCAAGCCACACCCUGCAUCUGGUGGAAAGCCAUUAGCUAUCAUUACGUACGCCGUACUAGACAAGUAACGCGCUACCGAAACGGAGACGCCUAUACGACUACGCAGGUGUACCAUGAACGGGUCAACACACACGCGGCAAGCUCUGAGUUUGAUUACUCGCGUCUCGGGGUCAAAGACGUUUCGAAAGAGCUGCAGGGAUUGUUGGAACAUCCCGUCACUCGCUUGCGCUUCACCAAGUGCUUCAGCUUCGCCAGCGCCCGUGCCGAGACCGCCUACCUCACUCAGCGAGCACGCUUCUUCGGGGACAAUGAGGGUCUGGACGACUACAUGGAAGCACGGGAAGGCAUGCACCUUAAAAACGUUGACUUUCGGGAACACAUGCUGGCAUUCCCAGACCCAACACGACCGCCCUGGUACACCAGGCGUUGGGUGUACUGGCUGGCCUCGGCUUUCUUGCUAUCGUGGCCUCUUCGUGUGAUUGCAGAGUAUCGUACUGCGUACGUACACUACCAUGUUGAGAAACUGUUCGGCGAGAACGAGGACGCAAAUGACAAUGAUAAUACGGAGACGGGUAACUACUGUACGGGCUUCGAGCAUGGCACUGGGGGUCCCACUCUGCGUGUCAUAUCGCGUGUCAACACGGUGGAUAUGACCGAACUGGAAUGGCACAUUCGCUGCAACCAGCAGAUGGUGCCUAGCUACUCCGAGGCCUUGCUUAUGGAUUUGGAUAUGAAUACAAACACGCCAUUAUCAGUUGCAAUGGCUGCACGUAUGCGACGCAAUUCUAGCUACUUACUUCAGAGUUGCCCUAGGUGCCGGCGCUCAACAAGCAGCUCUUCGCUCCCUUCCUGGUUUCGAGGGAACAUGGCUGCAGGGACAAACUCAUUCCCAAUUAGACCUGCCGGUAGGCUUUCCCUAAGUCGCAGCGGGUUCUCUCUCGGCCGGUUGCAUAACGCAAGAACCCGCCAUCCUUGCCUGUUUCACUCAAGGAGCCUCGGAGGUGGGAUGGGCGGCCGUGUGGAAGAAGGUGGUGGGGGUUUCCUUGGUCUUGGGUUUAGAGUGCCAGAUGAGGAGAGAAGGGGUGUAUUAGAGAGCGAGGGGCUAGAAGACGACGACGUAGAGGAGACAGGCCAGGAACAAGUGGAGGACAGGGAGAACGGAGAGCCCAGAGAGGAUGAGAGAGACAGGCCACCCACUUACCAAGAUGCUCUGUACUUACCGGUGUUAAUCAUUCACGGGGAAGAGAGCUGUCAUGGGGGGCAUGGCAUUGACACGGGUUAAAGAAACUAAUAUGAUAUAACGAAUGAUUGAAGUGGCUUUCGAAAAGUAGAGGCAGACUGACAUCUGAAGGCAGAUGGGAGACCAAGAAGUCGAGGAAGAGAGGGGAAUUCUAAGAACCAGGAUUGAUGUCGAAGAGACUGAUUUGUGUCUCUGUGUAACAACUCAGAAUUUGUUCAUGAAUGUGUAGAACGUUGUAGGGACCGAAAUGAAAAUAAUGUACGGUCAUGUCGUAUCUACGUCGAUACAGACUGACCCUAAAUAUAUAUACGUAGUACAUACCUAGUAGAAAAUACUGAUAGGCAUGGAACAUCAGUGUCCUAUAUCGAUCUUAAUGUCCUAUUAUUGAAAUCUCUGACAUAUCAUGUCCAUAACAAACUAAAAAAAUCAGCGUGUCCUCCUUUUGACCAUGGGAGUAAUAUACUAUACAUGAAAAGCAUGGCGUCUGCAAGCUGCUUUUAACAUUGCGAAGCAGUUUUUGCGACUCCACAUUAAUGUGAAAAAGCCCAUGCUGGUGUAGUUUUGUAAAUCCAUGCGUUGACAACAUACAAGUAGCUUACUGAAAAAGGGGCUGUUCUAAAUAGACGUUAGUUAAUUCAGAUUGACUACUAAGGUAGAGCUGAUGAAAACCAAACGGUCCUCAGGGGGAAAAGUAAAAAAAAAAGAAAUCAAAUAAUAGUAGACCUAAUAAAAAAGGAUGGUAAAAGAUCAAUGAGUGAAUGUAGGCUGGUGAAUUGUAAUCCCUCACUGUUUGACACUGUGCUUUAAUCCACUGUCCUGGCUAAUGACUUCUUUUAAUCUCUUGUUCUGUUUAAUUGCCUGGUAGAAGCACGGUGCUUAUGACUUCACUUAUCUUUGCCUUAGAGGUUUGUUAUGUCAGCCUCAUGUCUACUGCAGCCAACUGAAAGUAGAUCUGUUCAGCAACUCAAUGUAUUGCUUUUUAUUCUCCUGCAUACGUUUGUUUUUCUAUCAACUUCUAUUGCUUUUAUACUAAGCUAACGAUAUUUUCUAUCCCCUGCCGUUAAACCAUUUCUAACACAUUAUUUAGUGUUUAUAAAACCAUUGUCCUUGAUUUGUUGGGACAUCCAUCCGUCCAUUUGUUAGGCCUUCACAUUCCUUCCUUCUUAGACUGUUAGAAUGUUUAAAAAGCUAUUGGAUUAAGCUCGUUUCAGUUUAAUACAGCUAUAAAAUAGACAACACAAAUACAAAGUAAGGCAACAAUCCACCGUCCCAUGUAGCCACAUCGGUGAUAUGCACUUAGAACAGCAAACAAGCAUAAAAGUAGUGUAGGUCAGUACAAGCACAAAGCGUCACCUACUUUCUAAACAGUGCAGGGAUUGAGUUAAAAUAAGCUGUCCUUGGAAACACUGGAGGAGCGAAUGUAUAAACACAGCCUUGCACAUGGAGAGGAUAUUAAAAAACAAAAAAGGUAAAGUCCAAAGCACACACCAAGAGCAUCCCUCUAUUGUUUGUAGGAUUUCUACUAAUCAAGUUAUUGCUAAUACGUCAACAAGCACUAGCAUAUCUUUCAGCGAUGAGGAAAUGAUUACAGUGGUCAUGACCAUGAUGCUCUUAUUAAUAAAGUCAAACCAUUAACAA